GUGGCCGUAAUUUGCCCAUAGAUGUAAUAACGUUUUUUUUAUAACUAUUGCUUGCAUGCAGUUCUCGGUUCUACUGCCCGUGGUGUUGACACUCGUUUCGACUCAGAAUCACACGAGCAGCUUUGUGAAAGAUUUGUCGAACUUUUGUUACCCAAAGUGGGCUUUAGAAGCGUUUGUUAUUGGAAACUCCGAAAGGUAUUACGGAGUGUGGCUCCUAACAAGAUGUGGAGCACUAUUGAGAUUCGGUUACAACGUUCAUAAUUGGGCUCUUCGAUUAUCGUUUCUUCUUCUCACCGGCUUAGCUUUCCGCGCUGUAGCUUUUAUCGGCAUGGUCACUCUCCAAAAGAAGUGAUUAUUGUUAUAUUAUCUCUCUGGAAAAACGAGCCCUCGGUUUUCUUUUUAUUCGUCGCCUUCGACGAGAAGCAAGGUCAAGUAUAUAUAUAUAUUCGAUUAAUCUGCAUUCGAUUGAAGGUUUCGUUAUAAGGAUAUGUAUUAUUCAUGGCUUUGUGAUUUUUGAUACAUUUGUACUAAAAAUAUUUUUUAUUUUAUUUUUUAAAUUGUAAUUCUGUGGAAUAACAAUUUAGAUAUGUGUAGAGUGUGUAUUAUUGUAUGAUUAAAUAUUAUAAUUAAUUUUUUUGAGAGUAGAUUAAACUUAACUCGGUGUAUCUUGUAUUUUUUGACUCUUGAAUUAAUGUGUUUUGAUUUUGUGUCUAUUUAUUUACAUUUAUUGAA